CUGUUGUAAACAUUGCCAACUUGCCAAGACCAACAUCAAGAGCAAGGGGCGCGUCCUGGCUGUGCUCGCCGCCCUAUGAAUUCUGCCAAUCACGUACAGUGUUUAGCUCGCAAUAUCUGCCGAUCACUAGCAGUUUAUUUGCUCUGACGUUAUGGCAUGUGGAGGCUGGGAAGGAAGUGUAGAUUCUAGCCAGCUUGAAGCCCGACUUCGUGCGGGAUUGGAGGCCGAUCGUCGAUACACAGUAGAAAAUGCAGCCAAACUACGGGCUAUUCAUUCUGCUCCAACCUAUGAAGAGUUUCGGCAGCUUGUUCUUGGUGCCCAUCUAAAACCUCUGGACAGAAAUGAGAAAAAUAAGGGCAAACCUUCCAUAUGGAAUUCCUUCGCAUCAACAGGAACUAAGAAGACAAAUAAGCCUCCACCACAAGACAUGGAAAACUCUGUUUAUCCAACUGAUGUUCAUUAUGAUGUCAACAACCCUCCAACCACUUCAGAAGGGCUUGUACAGUUAUGGGAGCGACUUGAUCUAGCUGAGCGACUUGAGCUACUUCGUAAUUUGUCACCUCAAGCAACGGAAAAAUUGGCAGGAGGCUUGGUGGCUGGUGGACUCUUAGGGGAUGCCAUCACCACACUUUUGGCCUUCACACCAACUGUUAGUGAUGUAGUCAUGGUUGUUAAUAUGCUCCAUGCACUUACUUUAGCUAAAAGAUUUAGUUUGAGUGUUACCCUGGUGUGUGGAGAGGAACGGUGGGCAUGGGGCCGCUUGUUGGAGAAGCUGCAGCUGGCCCUCUCAGAGCGGCCUCAAGACCUGGCUGAGAUGAACGUCACUGAAUGGACUCUGGCUCAGCUGAAGCUCAAGUUUAAUCUCUAGAAUAUGUAGUUAUAUUUUGAACACUAAAUGUAAUAACCAGUGUUAUAUGUUUUAACAAAUGGAUCUUUCUCAUAUCUGUUCAAUAUUAUAUGUAUUUUUUUAUAUUCAGCUUUUCUGAAGGUGCAUUUGUUUUUCAUAUAAAUAUCUAUUUCCAUUAUAAUAAUGGAGACUGCCAUAUAUGCAGUAUUAAUUAUAAGGAAUCUCUUUUAUAUAAAUAUUUCUUGUACUUUUAUAAGGCUCUAAUUACUUUCAUGAAAUUUAAUUUAGUUCUUUAGUGUUUGAAUUCUUCUAUCAUUAUUAACAUCAAUAUUUUAGAACAUUGAGAAAAUGAUGAAUAACUUGCCAAGACCACUUAUGCUCAGCAAACAAAAACUGCUUUAGUUCUCAUUAUGAUGGACAUCUUUCCUAACAGUUUAUUUUGUUCUCAAAAUUUUGGUUUUGUGAUGUUACAAAAUUAAUGUAGUUGUUACAGAUAAGAAAUUUUUGGGAAGCACUAAAGCAUGUGGUGAAAUGGCUUAUAAGAAUACCAGGUGGAUAUGGUCCUUGAUGAGAUACAUGCUGAUAGGAUUGGUGAAUACUGACAUUUGACAACUGAAGUUGUGGUCAGAAGAAUCUCAGUUUACUACAAAGCCUUUUUAGUAAUUUAGAUUAAAGAAAACACCAUAGUAAGCAAUUUAUGUAAAAGAUAGCAUUUGUUGCAUUGUGGUGUUAUGUUUGCAAUUCAUUUGACUACAGUUAUCUUACUGUUUUCAGUUUGUCCUCCUCUCUUGCAGUCAAAGUAAUGGAAGUAUUGAGCAAGAGCUUGUAAUGGAAGCUUUACUAAAGUAGGUCAAGAUAGCCCAAAUGAAGAGGAGGGACACAUCACACUUGGAAUGACAGAAGUAUGAAAGUGAAAAUAAUGCUCUUCAUGCUGAUCAUCAGGUAGCUCAUUUAUGAACGUCCUCAGUAUGUUAAGGAUUGUCACUUUUUCAUUAUCAUGUUAAUGUGCAUUAGCAUUUAGUUGACUAAAGGCAUUCAUGUUAAACAUGCCAUGUUUCUGUGUCUGCUAUGAUGAAAUACAUCCCUGACAAACUGAUCCAUCAUGAGGCCUCCACCAAGUACUACCUCUAGGUCUUCGGAUGUGGCUAAUACAAGCAUAGGCAUGGAUCUGGUGGUCCAGUAAGUGGCCAGCAUGUUAUGUGAAAGACCUCUUUGUCUGGUUGGAAGAAAUGAAAGUUAACCAGUAUUGUUUAUAUAAGAAAUUUCAGUAAUAUACAUUAAUACUAUCAUACUUUUUCUUUCUACCAAAAAAUCAGAUCAUUCACAAUGAUUGAUAUCUGGUCACAGGUUUUUGUAUCAUCAGUAUCACGCAUAGUUAUUAUUAUUAUUAUUAUUAUUAUUAUUAUGAUCAAUUAUUAUUAUUAUUAUAAUUAUUUUUUCAUUUAUAUUUAUAUUACUGUAUGGUGCUCUUAGCUAUGUGUAGCAAAAAAUCACAGAAGCAGCCAUGUUUUACAUAUAAAUAUUAUUCAGGCAUCAGAUCCAAGUCAUAAAUUUCAAUAUACAGUUAAGAUUUUCUUGCUGCAACUUCCCAACAAUGUUCAUUAUCAUUCAGCCACAAAGACUAAAGGAAUUGUAAUCCUGUGCAAUAGCUGAGUUGUCAUGCAUUGAUAGUAAAUCCAAGUAUUUUAUUAGAUACACUGCAACAAAUAUUAAUACAAGGAAAAUUGUGCCUCAUAAGGAUGCACACACAAACAAAAAUGUGGCUUGGUACAGGGAUGAUAUCACUGGUCUAUAAGAUAGUUGUCUCAAUGUUUUCUGUUACAUUAAAAACUCUCUUCAAACACUGAUGGAUGCAAGUAGCAUGCUUAACAUACGUUACAUAUAACUAUUGAGAUUCUCUCUCUCUCUCUCUCUCUCUCUCUCUCUCUCUCUCUCUCUCUCUCUCUCUCUCUCUCUCUCUCUCUCUCUCUCUCUCUCUCUCUCUCUCUCUCUCUCUCUCUCUUAUACGAACAGCCCAAAGCAGUCAUGAGUAGAUACUGAAGAUGGUGUCCAAAACUACAAUGCUAUGAAUAUUGGUGGCACUGUGGCAUGUACAAGCAACCCACAGUUGGUGAUGACACCAAAUAGUCCAUGUAAAAAUAUUCAUCACAAACAGUACUUAACUUUUUGCUUGUAGAAACCAUUUAUUACUUACAUGUAUAUGUAUAUAACUGUAUAACUAGCUGUUUCCUGCACUUGUUGGGUUGUGUAAGAAUCAUAUGUAGAAAACUAUAAAAUUUAAGUGCAGGCUGCCUAUAUCUAACAGCUGGUUGCAGAUCAUUUGAGGAUUAUUCAAUUGACUUACAAUUGAUUUGAAGUGGAUCACAAUUCUAUAUUCCAUUUCAUCUCCCUCUGUUUAUACCUCACUAUCCACUAUAAUGUAAUAACAUACCAUGCAUCACCUUACAUUCUGCCUGUGACAGUGGUGUCUCCCAGGAGGAGCAACAGAAAGGCUAGUUUGCAGUGUCAGUAUACUACAGUAUCUAUGUUAUUAAGUGUUAGAUCUGUCUGUCUGUCUGCAUAUCCUGCUUUUUCACAAUAGUGGGUUAAGAAAAAGCUGUUUAUGUUACUAAAGACUAAUCCAAUAUCAAUUCAAUACUUCCAUAAAAGACAGACAUCAUAAUCAACAUGUUAAAUGCACAGGCUAAGAAUAAUUUUAGUAUGAAUAAUUUCUGAGCUGGCAAGUCAGCACCUGCAACAUAAAAGUACUACAGAAAUACUGCAGAUUAUGUUACUGUAACAUAGAAUAAGAAUAAUAUCAAUGUCCAGUUAUGUAUUUUCACUUAUAAUACAUAUGAUGUAUUUAGUAUAUACUUAAUUCUGUGGAAUGUUAUUUCAUCUUAAAAAGAGAUGAAAAUAUUCAAACCAGAAAAGUUGGAAAUCCAGAACACUUUCAUUCCCAAAUAUUCUGAUUUAGUGAAGGCACUCUUAUGCUUACAUGCUUGUAAAUUAUUAACUAGAAAAUGGUGUGUCAGUUUAAAGAUAAGAAAAAAAUAACAGAAAUCUCAAAUUACAAUAAAUGGAUACAUUUUAAGUAAGAAGUAUCCCUGGGGACUAGCACUUACUACAGUACAGGAGUAUACUUACUGAGGGCAGAGUAGGAUUGCUUUAGGAUGUACUGGUUAUGCAGUAUGUUUUCAGUGCUAGUAGUAUGUGCAGGAAAAUGUUUGAAUUUCUUUGGGAAAUCUGUUGCAGUUGGCUGUCAAUAAUGGGAAUUAAAAGUCAGAAAUAUAGAAAUGCAAAUGUACUUUCCAUUUAUAACAAGAAUAACUUUGGUCAAGCUGAUAAUUAAUUGUGUAGGUAGGCAUCCCAAAUUUACAAAGCUGAAUAAUUUUUUACAGAUUGUUUCUUGUUAAGAAAAGUUCAGUGCAAUGUGAAAAUGUCUAAUUCUGACAUGAGUGCUUUAUGUAAAUGUGAUUUGAUGUACAUUGUACAUCAUAUAUGUAGAAUUUUGUAAUACCAAGCUUGCAGUUUAGGCUGAAAAUCCUGCAGUGAAGUUUGCAUAUAAUUACUAUUGGAAAUAUUAGUCAGAUGAUAGUACAUAAAUUCAAGACAAUAAGACACCACAUUUUAUAGUUGUUGCAAACAAAUCAUUUAUGCCUCUCUGCUUGUAAUGUACAAAUUACUUUAAAUUGCAUGAAUGCAAUCAUAUAUUUUCAUGAAUUUUAAUCCAAAAGUAAUUGCCACAUUGUAAUUGCCACAUUGCAGUUUAUUAGAAUGUGUAGUUAUGUCAUCAAGAACAAUUUGUAACUGCUAAUUUUUUCACCAAAGGUAUUUUCUCUUAUGAUACUGUAAUGUAGUAUUACCUGCUUUAUAAAUGGGCAUUUUCUAUUAAUGCUAAUUAUUUUUUAUUGAAUUAAUUCAUAUUAUUCUCAUUAUCAUUAUUUACUAAAUGGUGAAGUUUUAAUUUCAAGACUAGAAUUUAAAUCUUGUGGUUAAGAAAUGCUAAUGUCCAAAGUUUCCUCUGCUAUUACUUUUUUGCACAUAUGAUGACAAUCAACUAACUAGCUAUUUCAUGUGACUAGCUAUUGCACAACAUGGAUUCAUAUCAACUUUAACUAUGAAAUGAUUAUCAUAGAAAUUAAAUAUAUUACAGUCAUGGCAUUAGCAUAUAUGUUAUUUUCUAUACAUGCUAAUAAUUAUGUAACACACACACACACACACACACACACACACACACACACACACACACACACACACACACACACACAAGCGUAAAGCCCAGGCCCUCUAAAAUUACAACUAGGUAAAUACACACACACACACACACACACACACACACACACACACACACACACACACACACACACACAGUUUCUUUCUCAGGGUAUUUUAGUGGAUCUGACACAGUCCAGUAAAUUCUUUGUGUAUAAGGGAGAAUUGGCUCAGGUUAUAUUUGCUUUAAAAUAAAAUAAGAUCACUGAAGUUAUAUUUGGUCUGCUUUAGGAUUGUCAUACUGAUUAGACAAACAAAAAUCCUUCUAAGACUUGAUACAUUCAUAAAAUUGCAGACCAGAGUGAAGGUAGGAUGCUUUUAGACAAACAAUUGAUGUAAAGGAACAAAUUUUCUCUGAAGCUGUGCAGCUACCAAUAUAUAUUGUAUAUAAGAACAACAACAAUAAUAAUAAUAAUAAUAAUAAUAAUAAUAAUAAUAAUAAUAAUAGAUAGUAGUAAUGUUGGUAUUAAAGUAUAUCUGAUUACAAUCAUGAAACAGCUAACCCUGAAAGGGUGUUGCUGCAAAUAACACUCAUGAGUACUUGUGAAGCUAAAUACUGAUCCACAAAGAAAAUUGCAAACAAGGCAGCACUUAGUUCCUUAUCAUCAGAAAACAGAAAAACUGCUCUUAACUCCCAUCUUCAUGUUACUAAAAUAAAGUUGCUUUAUCCACACAUAAAUACAAGACACACAUAACAUUCAAACUCAUUCCUCUCAUUCACAAGUAAGCUGAUCUUUAUUCCUUCAGUCCACUGCUCUUCUCCAGGAUAUGAGGGGGAGUCCAUGAUCAUUCUCUGUUUUGGAUGAAGGUGACAGGAGUCUUGACUGAUUUGAUGCUCAAACCAAAUAACAUGAACAUAAAAUAUCAGUUUUUGUAUUUAAGUUAUCUUAUUUGACUUCAACUAGCACAGGCUAACACUAGAACACCCUCACCAUAUUGUCCAUAGAGUCCAAGCUACACCAAAGUUAUGAACAUUUUAUAAUUAUGAGGCAUGUGUGUGAUGGGACUAUAUAUACAGUAUAUAUAUUAUGGUUUAGCUAUUUUUCUGGAUAUCACUUUUUAUAUUUACAUGAAUUACAGUAGUAUCAUUAGUCACUAUUCUAUUUUUCCUUCAUUUAAUAUUUUUCUUAGAUUUCAUGUACAACGUGAGCUUUAAUCUAUUUUGUUCAUUCCUUGGUGUAUAGAAUAGUACUUCUUUACUUAUGUGUUUUAAUAAAAAAGUCAGAUCA